AUGUCUUCCACUUCAUCAAAGUCUACAACAACGACAACUUCUGCUUCUACCACUUCUUCAAAAACAACGGCUUCUUUUACUACGACUUCUCCAAAAACGACGAUUUUUCUUUUAACAUCACCAACAAUAGCUACUCCACUAGCGCUCCCAGCUCAAGUGGAAGCACAAUAUUGGUGGUAUUGGUUUUGUUGGUGGUAUCCAUCAUGUAUCGUUUGUUUGGAUUUUUUGUUAUCAGGAUUAAAAAAGAGAAAAAGAAGUGGGUCUAUUGAAACUUGCGUUAAUUGA